AUGGCCAAUUUCCCAGAUUUCAGACUAGAUGGAGAGGUGACAGUUGUCACAGGAGCAUGUGGAGGACUUUCAGGCGCAGUUAUUCCAGGAUUGCUCGCCUAUGGUUCGGAUAUUGCAUUAUUGGACAUGAAUGCUGACCAGAUCAAGCAGAGCAUUGAGGAGUUCAAGAAGCAGGCCAAGGAAACUUUGAAGUUGGAGAAAAUUCCGGAGAUGAAAGGUUAUGUUUGCGACGUUUCGGAUGCUGAAAACGUGAACCAGGUAUUCGAAAAGAUCCAUGCAGAGUUCGGCAAGUACCCACUCCACCUUCUCAACACUGCCGGAUACUGCGAGAAUUUCCCUGCCGAGAAGUACCCGGCCAAGAAUGCAGCCAGGUUGAUCAGUGUCAACUUGCUCGGCUCAUUGUACGUUGCACAGGCUUGGGCUAGACCUUUGAUCGAGAACAAAGUCCAGGGAGCUUCUGCAGUUAUGAUUGGCUCGAUGUCUGGCAACAUUGUCAACGAUCCACAGCCUCAGAUCUGCUACAACAUGUCCAAGGCUGGUGUUAUCCACAUGGUCAAGACUUUGGCUGCCGAGUGGUCCAAGUACAAUAUUCGGAUCAACACACUCUCGCCAGGUUACAUUUCUGGACCUUUGACCGCAAAAGUCAUCCAGGCUGAUCCUAAAAUGUAUGACAGGUGGAUGUCAAUGGUGCCAAUGCACCGGAUGGCCGAGCCUCAGGAGUUUGCAGGCACUGUUUUGUACUUGCUUUCCAACCAGGCCUCUUCUUACACCACUGGUGCAAACAUCAUUGCUGAUGGAGGGUAUGCAUGCUGGUAA